AUGUCUCGCUUCGUGUUGGACUCCAACAAUCUAUGGCUGCUUGCCCUAAGCGACCGCACAAUGAGGGUGAACAACGGGCCGUACUCCCCGGACCUCAACACCCAGGACCUGUCCGGCUACGUGGGCGAUUGGAAGCAAGUGGCUCGGAUCGGCAGCAACCAGCACUGCACCCACCGCGAGCUGGAAGUGUUCGGCGUGGCGUUGAUCAGCGGGCAGAAGCUGGAAGAGCUAUGCCUCAACACCUACAACCACCAGCUCACCAUCAACAGAGAAGGCUUCAUGGUGCAGUGGCUCAACCCCGGAGGCGGCCGCAGGGUCCCCAACGCCCGGAGCCUCUACCGCCGCCUCAACGACGUCUUCGACUGGUCCAGGUCAGUGUGGUGGAUCGCCUCCUCGGAUUUAAUUUGUGUGUCCAGAGCUAAUAUAGUAAAACGACAACUCUUUAAUUUGUUUUUGUUCCUUUUCCAUCUCUUUCUGACGCGGAAGGAAACGAACACGAGACAUGAGAUUUUACGUGGUAUCUUCGAUCGAUUGAUCGAGACUAAUUCACGGUGA